UAGCGAGGUUUAAAGGGGACAGAACCUUUUGAAGCACAUUUUCUGACUGUAUUUAAUAUUUUUAAAGUUUUAGCAACUCACACGCAGCCUCUAUAUUACACGCCGGCGGCCAUUGCAAUUUGGUCCUUUUUUCCCCUGCUUCACGAUGGGAGGAGCAACGUGGCGAGGAUGCACAUGCGCAGUUGUGUUUGGUACGGGCAUCCGGGCCAUUAUCCUUGGAAGCCUAUAUAAGAGACUGGCGGGUUCAGGAUAUCCUUUGCAGUUCCGUUCUACCGUCGGCAGGAUAACACCAAAACCAGUGGACCGAAGGGCAAGCUAAGUGUGUGUGUGUGUUUGUCCUUGUGAAACAAUCUCACCAAGCAAUGGAUAAAAUCUGUCGCUCUCAGUUGCCGGAUUCUUCCUCAUCACCACCAUUGAGUGGCAUCGGAUUCCACAGCUUCGACGAUGAGCUGAUGGCCGAUCUACCGUCGUGCGUCUAUGCACAGCACCAUCAGCUAAGCGCCGCACCCGGCAACGGGAAUGGGGCGGGCAGCAGUAACAGUGUUGGCCACGGUAGCCACACGGGCAAUCCACCUAACCUGAGAUUGAAUCCCAACAGUAUACGGCAGAUGCAGCAUCAGUAUCUACAUCACACAGAAUGUCUGGACUCGUCCACACCGCCCAGCCCAUCCCUGUCGACGACGAUGGGAACCCACCCGUACAAUCCGCCACCGUACAAAAUACAGCGCCAGCAGACGAAUGUUCGCGAGCGCAAGCGAAUGAUGCGCUCCGCCCCGAAUGGCAUCAAUUCGGCGUUCGACGAACUUCGCGUCCAUGUGCCGACGUUCCCGUACGAGAAACGGCUCAGCAAGAUCGACACGCUGCGGCUAGCGAUCGCCUACAUAGCGUUGCUGCGCGAAGUCCUCGAGGCGGACUACGAUCCGCUGACGUACGUGGAAAAGUGUCUCCGGGGAGAGAUUAAGGCCGAUCGGGCACACUGGAACACGAGCGAUUUAACUGCACGGUUGUCGUGGAUCAACUGGGAAAAUCUUGGCGUUCAUCCGGGCCGACGUACCAUCCUCACAUCGCUGGCCCUCGGUUCCUCGGAAAGUCUUGCCUGUGGACCACCGCCACAUCUGAUCUAGGUCGCUUGCCACAAGCCACCGUUUUUUGAUGUCUUCCGUUUUGUUCCGUUGCCGUAGUUCGGGAGCCUGAAUAAUACCCCCGCCCAUUUGGGGAACUCUACACGUCUCUAUUUAUUCGCAUUAGCAUGUCUCAUUCUCAACCCCAGUGUAUUGUCUAGUUCUUAAUCGUAGCAUCGAUGCCCAGCAAGGGUUCACUUGAAAAUAAAAAUAUUAAAACAAAA